AUGACUUUCCACCCAGAUGAUACAGAUUCAAGUUUAUCUGACCUUCCAGAUACUAUCAAUGAAGAGUCAAGCAAAGAUGAGGAUGGUAUUGUUGCACAGCCGCAGGUGGCAAAGAAGAAGCCAAAUGAUUGUAUUGUGGUUUACGAACACCCUGUGGAAAAUGGAGUGACUCCGGCAGCACCUGUUAUGACCAAGGAACAGAUGCGCGCACUAACCAAAAAACGUCAAAACAAGAAGAAUAACGACAAGAAACGGAAGGCAAAGAUUCCAAAAGCUAUGCACGACUGGAUUACAGACUUGCCAUUUUGUUCUGGAGGCCAUCUUGUUUGGGAUGUCAAAGUCAAUCCUGGGCAGGAUCUGUUCUCAAAUAUUACUGCUGAUUUGAAGCAGAUCAAGGAUGCUAGGAAGCUGUAUGUGAAGGAGUGCAAAAAAUUGAAGCUUGAUCCUGUUCCGAAGAAAGUUACAAUCAACCGUCGUCAACCUACUACCAACGAGAUUGAAGCAGCCAGAUCAAUUGUUAACAAUCCAAAAAAGUUCCGUCUUUUCGAUCGGGGCCAUGUGACCAUUUUUGAUAAGAAGAAGAAGAAAGGCAAGAAGCAAAUAAUUCUAGAUGCAACUUUUGUAGACAUCAAAGAGAUGAAGGAAUCCAAUCCAGAAAAAUUUGGGAAGAUUAAUUUCUUUCUGUCUUUUCUUCAUAUCUCAAAGAAAUUUGUCAGGCGGGUUGGAUCGAAAGGACGCUUGUGUGCUGGGGACAUGUGGGCUAUAGGGUGGAGGAAGGGGUAUUUAGAAAUCGAAAUUGUUGGUCAGUAUCUCAACAUGGACUUCAUUAGCCAGAAUCUAGACGAAUUCCUUGAACACAUUGGACAAGCCCAAAAAGUAUCCAAUAUUCUGUGGGAUCUCUUCCAUCCAAUAGCAAAUGUUGCAAUUGAAAACAACCGCGAAUCUGAUGGGUACAAUGUUGAAGGGGGAGAAUUUGUAUUUCCUGAAUGUGGUUUUGGUCUCAAGUUCAAUCCUGAUACAAUGGUCCUAGCCACCUUCUCCCAAGUCCAUUAUCUUCAUGGAACCCUCCAGCCAAGUGAACCGGAUGACUUUACAAAAACGGGAAUGUCUCUGCAAGUUUCCAAAAGGACCACCGACAUUUGUCAAAGAUACCUACUUCAAGAGAUUGUUGACAUGCACAAGAAACAUGUUGGAGACCUGAAUUAUAUUUUCAGUCACGCAAAGGCUAAGGUUGAUGAAAGAGUGAUGGCUAAACCAAAGAAGAAAUGA